CGCUGUCGCCGUCGCCGUCGCCGUCGCCGUCGCUGUCGCCGUCGCCGUCGCCGUCGCCGUCGCCGUCGCCGAGGACUCACGGAGCCAUCCGAAGUAGCCUCGAGCUUCGAGCCCCGCACCUUGCGACGGCCGUGCCGCCGAGAGUCCGCGCGGAGGUGCCCCGGGGCACCCUCCGAGCCCUAUGGGGCGCGCGCGGCUGCAGCGUUGCUGCAUGCGCAGAGCCGAGGGCGAGCCCGCCGAACUCGAACCCGAACCUGAACUUGCCGACGAGGCAGCUGAGCCCGCCGAGCUUGAACCCGGCCCCGAACGUCGUGAGCGCCGGCCAGCAGUCGAGCAAGAGGCUGAGCUGGAACAGGAGAGCUGGGUGCGCCACACCACCGGCUGACCUCGAGGCUGCUGGAAGUUUUGGCCUCACAGAGGGGCGGGGGCCAUCCAGACGCGGGCACCGAUCCUGGCCAGGAGGAUCCCGGGCUUGGGAUCGGUGUGAGCGUUUUCCAUGCCUAUUGCGUGUGUAUGGGUCCUUGGGCUCAGGAUUGCCUCGGCCAAGGUCGGGGCAGAUGUAUAGCUGGCGUCCUCCUGCACACGACUCUUUCGUGCAGCGUGCUGUGCGGCUAGUGCCUGGCUGACCGCUGGCCAGCCUGUUCGCGGUGCUGCGCCUUUCGGAUCUUUCCUUCGCCUGUCCGACCUCCCUCCGGGGCUGCUAAAUGCGUCCCUGGCCCAGGGUGCCCCCAGCUUUUCGCUUCAUUUGGGAGCCGCUGGGGCCCUGUGGCUUCUCGUGAGGGGUGUUCUGGAGGCCGGGGGUGCCCAAUUUGAAAUCCUGGGUAUCUCUUUGGCCAGGGACACUUCGAACCCGACUCCCUCCCUCCUGCUCCAGGUCGCUCUUCUUGAUGCUCCUCCCGCCUCUUCCGUCUGCUCCUUUCGCUCCUCAUCCUAAUUACUCUUUCUGCUUCUCUCACCACUGUCUCCCCUGCUGCAGCUUCAGCAGGCCAGCAGGGACGUGCUCUUUUGGCCGUGCGGUCAUUUGAGGCUGCUGCGCUCCAGACGGAAUAAGUAGUUUCUUCUCGCUUGUGGAUUGGCGGUGGUGUGGAUUUCGUCCAGUGAGGGGCGCGCCCGCCAGCCCUCGACACAGUGAGAAGUCUGGUAGGAGGCGUACGCGGCGGUAAGAGGUCGCACGCCCGUUCUCAAAUGUGGGCGCGAACCAGCAGGCCAAGGCAGAGCCGUGCCUUGCGGUCCAUGCGCCCCGUGGUGGGAGGAGCGUCGGUGGGGGUGCGAUUCAGCACAUCCAGUGCCCUGGCAUUGCUCCGUGGAGCGGUGCUGGCGGGAUUUCCGGUUGGCCCGUUCCGCGGUGGCGGAUCUUCCAUGACUGGUCGCCCUUGCGACAGUCAUCCGAGGUGAUGGCCCGCACGGGGGGGCGUGGCGCGCAGCAGCUCGGGGGGAAACACCGCGGGCAUCGACGGGCAGAAAGCCGCUCGAGAGCCCCGCGGGAGUUCCUCGCCAUGGGGGGAGCGGUAAAAAGGUCUUCGCCUGUCGGUGUGCUUAUCAUUAGGGUGUCUCUCCUGCCCUCUAGCUGCCCGAAUCGCCCGACGACGCCACACCUCAGUGCAUGCAUCCCCGCAACCAUCCCAGUUUGGUGCGUCCUGGAGGAGGCGACCUGGGAUUUGAAGCUUGAGGUAAUGUUGGUCCUAGCUGUUUCACCUUCCGCAUGCCAGGAGCAGGUGCUCCCCACAAGAGAACUGCUCCGUAGAGGCAUCGACGCAUCCCUUGCUUAUUACCCUCGCUACCGAGUCGUAACGCAG